AUGAUCUUCGAUCCUGCACUAGAUGACUAUAUUGACUAUAGCCUAACUAACGAAGCAGAUGACCAGAAGCGAAGCAAUGAAGCAACUGAUGGUCGUCUAUUUUCGCGUGACGCAAUUAAUUCGCGAGCUGGAAGCCCUUCCACCUUCCUGGAACAUGAAUCUUUUGAUGUUGCCCAGGACCAAGAGGGCGAUGGACCAGCAUCUAAGCCGCCCUCGAGCUCACACACAUCCCCAAUGCAUCUCGCUGUCGCUUAUCGCACUGAUGCUGCCGAUUCCGAACUAGAGAAGUCCAUUUAUGGCAGAACGCUGCCAACGUUUGAUUAUACCGCCUUCCCCCUUGCAGACGAACAUAACAUGUUUGCACCAAGGGUGAAGGACGUUGGCCCUUAUCAUUUCUGGUCAUGCAAGUCACAGCAGACCCUUCCCAGGAUCAACGAGGUAUUACGAAACACCGCAUGGAGCGAUGAAACACCCGACGAUUCCGGGUUGCAACGCCCAACUUCAAUCCACACGCCAUAUCCCUUGAAUAGUUUGGUUCAAAAUAACGAGAACUCUCAUUUCCAAUUUAGCAAAAAAGGUGAAAUAGCAGCUUCAGAUCUACCUUCUUACGACGGACCAAACUUUCGUGAGCACCCAUUAUACAAAGAUGCAGCGAUCGGCAGUGAUCAGUUGUACCACUGUCCCUGGGAGGGGAAGGCCGACUGUAACCAUGUCCCAACCGAUGCGAAAUGCACUUACAAGUGA